AUGCAUUUCAAUGUCUAUGCUUGUAUCGUGGGAUGCCUCGCUCUAGGCUCGCAUGCCUGGCUGCCCGGUGAACAUAGACAAAUACUGUCGAAGGAUGGAGUCGAUUUUUUCAACCGGAGCAGCCUUCACCAGGCUGGACUUUUGAAGAAGAGGUAUCUCCCUACCAGCUAUGGCAACGACAAGAAUGCUAUUCGAGGUGUCAAUCUGGGUUCACUCUUCAUCAUCGAAAACUGGCUGUCGAACGAUAUCUUCGCCGGCUGGGGCUGCACUGAUACUUCGGAGUUCGAUUGUGUUUCAUCGCUCAACAAUCAAACAAAGGCCAAUAGCGACUUCCAGAGUCAUUGGAACUCGUGGAUCACGCAAGAUGACUUUACUAAAAUGGUUUCCUACGGUUUGAACACUGUCCGAAUACCGGUCGGGUAUUGGUUUCUCGAGAGCAUCGUCGAUUCGAGCGAGCAUUUCGCCCAAGGCGGCGAGCAAUACCUCGAUCAAGUCGUCGGAUGGGCGAAAGAUGCCGGUCUCUAUGUCAUCAUCGACCUCCACGGUGCUCCGGGUGCUCAAGUCACUGAUGCCGACACGGGCCAACUCAAUCCCAGCCCUGACUUCUACGACGACUACAACUACAACCGGUCCUACACGUGGCUAGAGUGGAUGACGAACAAGGUGCAUACCAACGACGCCUACACGACAGUCGGCAUGUUAGAGAUCGUCAAUGAGCCCGAGCGGACAUGGGACACCUCGACAUAUCCCAGUGCCGUUGCAAAUGCGGACAGUAUGAGAGAGACAUACUAUCCAACCGCAUGGUCAACGAUCCGCAACAAAGAGUCCUCACUGGGUGUUGCCUCCGACUCACAAUUGUCAAUCAUGAUGAUGGACAAGAAAUGGGGCUCUGGCGAUCCAGACCAGUACCUCACGGAUUUGACGCUUGCCGCCUACGAUGAUCACGAAUACGUCAAGUACGCCGGCGUCGCCGAGACCCAGGACGCUUAUCUCAGCUAUUCCUGCAACGACAGCAGAUCUGGCAACUGGCCCGUCUUCGUUGGCGAGUGGUCUCUUUCAGUGGCGGACGAUAUCCAGUGGACUUCGGGAUGGGAUCCUACGGUCGAAGCGAACAAGGCUUUCUACAAGAAGUGGUGGGCAGCCCAGGUCAUGUCUUACGAGAAGACGGCGCAGGGCUGGGUAUUUUGGACGUGGAAGACGUCAGGCAGUCUCAACGACCCGCGCUGGGACUAUCAGAUGGCAGUUACGGCCGGGCUUAUCGACGCGGAUAUCGAUAAUGCGUAUACCUUGGGCGCGUGCAGCUAG